CCUCGCCAGCGUGCACGUCUAGGUUUCUACACUUGCUUGCAGUGGUUGUUUUAACUUGCCCUACACUGUUAUAGAAAGUAACCAGCGGAAGAAUGGACAGUGUUGUGAACGUCAGAAGUCUGGUGUUGGCCGGCGUGGCCACAGGCGCUGCUGUGCUGGGCUAUCUGGCAGGAAGAAGAGCGGGACAGUCGCAGUCUUUUAAAAGUGACUUUGGUGGAAAAAGUAACCCACUGGUACAGUAUGCCAUAAACCACUCACUCCGAGAACACCCCUGUCUUCACAAGCUUAGACAGAUGACAUUGAAGUUGUGGCGUCAUAGGAUGUUGGCAGCCCCCGAGGAAUGUCAGCUGCUGGCAAACAUUGCUCGAGCCAUGGGGGUGCGGAAGGCUAUUGAAAUUGGAGUGUUUACAGGGUAUAACAGCCUGUCCAUGGCGCUGGCUCUACCUCAGGACGGAAAACUCAUCGCCUGUGAUAUCACCGACACUGAUGUCAACUUGGGCAGGCCCUUCUGGAAAGAGGCAGGAGUGGAGCACAAGAUAGAUGUGAGAAUACAGCCUGCAGCCAACACACUCGAUGAGCUAAUUGCUGCUGGAGAGGCAGGAACAUAUGACUUUGUGUUCAUCGAUGCAGACAAGUCAAACUAUGACAUCUAUUAUGAGAAGUCCCUGGUGCUGCUGCGGCCUGGAGGUCUGGUGGCUGUGGACAAUGUGCUGUGGAGCGGUCGAGUGUUGACAGCUGAGAGCACCUGGACAGCUGAUACAGCUGCCAUCGUACGUCUCAACAAGAAGAUACACGAGGACCCUCGUGUCAACAUCAGCAUGCUCACAGUCGCAGACGGUGUGACCUUGGCCUUCAAGUGCUGACCAAGUUGUGACUCUGCCUGCCCGUAGCCAGGGGGGCUUCAGACAACCCCCCCCCCACACUUUUUGGUCCACUUUUUAUCUAAAGGUUGAAGAUUUUUCUUUAAAAGGUGGACUGAUUCGUGUCACCAGCGAAGGUAGAAUUGUAGGAAAACAGCUCACUUUGUCAUUGAAAAAAGUUAUGUCUGAUUUUUUUCUGAAAUCCUCUAAAGAAACCCAGGAAAUGCCAUUUCAAAAGGUUCAUAUUUCAAAAUUUCCUGG